ACAAGAUUGUCAUAGUUAUGUAGUUACAAUGAUUUCACGCUAAUGUUUAUGUUGAUAUUUUUUCGCCAUUCAGAAAUCUACGAAAUGAUAAACGAAAAAUGAAAGUUAUUGUUGUUAGUUGACAUUUAAUACAAUAAGACUCCAGUAUGACGUCUAAAACUGUAUGCAUUACUCAAGAGGGUCCAGCUAAUGCUUUAGCUCUUAAUAAAGAUAAUAGCCAAGUUGUCAUAGCUGGACGUAAUGUAUUCAAAAUAUUUACAUUAAUGGAAGACAGGUUUGAAGAAUCAUGUAAUUUGAGAGUUGGAAAAAAUUUAAACUUGAAUUUUUCAUGCAAUGACGUUGCAUGGAACCUUAUUGAUGACCAUAUUCUGGCAACAGCCGCUACUAAUGGUGCAGUAGUUGUAUGGAAUUUAAAUAAAUCUUCAAGAUCAAAACAAGAACAUGUUUUCAUUGAUCAUAAAAGAACUGUUAAUAAAGUUAGCUUUCAUAUGACAGAACCUAUGUGGCUAAUAUCUGGUUCACAGGAUGGAACUAUGAAAUGUUUUGAUUUACGUAUAAAGGAAGCUACAAAAACAUUUUAUAGUAAUACGGAGUCUGUACGAGAUGUUCAAUUCUGUCCUCAUCAACCACAUACUUUUGCUGCUGUUUCUGAAAAUGGCCAUGUUCAACAGUGGGAUUUGCGAAAACAUGAUCGCUACUUUCAACAUUUUACUGCACAUAGUGGACCAAUAUUUGCUUGCGAUUGGCAUCCUGAAACUAAUUGGCUAGCAACAGCAUCUAGAGAUAAAACUAUAAAGGUUUGGGAUUUAUCUGUAAAACCAAGUUGUGAUUAUACUAUACACACGAUAGCUUCAGUAGGAAGAAUAAAAUGGAGACCACAGAGAAAAUAUCAUAUAGCAAGUUGUGCUUUGGUUGUGGAUUGUAGUAUAAAUGUAUGGGACAUUCAACGACCGUAUAUUCCAUUUGCUAGUUUUAACGAACACAAAGAUGUUCCUACUGGUGUAGCAUGGAGAGGAAAUCCACAAUCAUUCCUAUCAACAAGCAGGGAUUGCACUUUAUAUCAUCACGUAUUCAAAGAUGCUUCUAGACCAGCUAGUAAAGCGAAUCCGCAAGGCAUUGCUUUAAGUCCCAUCGGAGACGUUGCUUAUGCCUGCAAAGUAAAUGUAAAUAUGCCUAGUACAGUCAAGCAAUUAACUAAUAUAAUAAGAAAAACACCAGCGAUGAAUGAUACAUUCUGUAUGGCUUCAAGUGUGAUGCACAGAUUUGUUGUAAAUAUACCACGUGAUCCAACUUGGUUUAAAAUAUGUGCUGAAGGUUACAUACUUGCUGGAAAAUUAAAAGAUAUUUGUGAUCAUAAUGCUGCUGUUGCCAGCAAUGCAGGUAGAAAUGAUGUAAGCAUUGUUUGGAAUAUUAUAAAAACAUUAUAUACAAAUCCAUUAGGUGCAAUUUUAAAAACUCCUCCAACUGUUUCCAAGGAAGAUAUAGUAAACACUUUAAAUUUAGGACAAAUGGUAAAAGUAUCUGCUCUUGAUCAGUCAAAUCCAGGACAUGAAAAUGAUAUCAAAUCUUUGCAAGGAGAAGCACCUACUAGUGCGACGAGCGGUGGUGAUGAUGAAACUGAAACAGAUGAUACGCCAGAAAAUUUAAACUUUAUAAGUAGCAUAUUACCGAGUUACAGGAAGUCCUUUAUGGGACAUAAAGGUCAACCUAAAGGAGAUUUUCUAUUUGGUGAUAGCGAAUUUGAACCAAUUAGUACAGACUACAGUACUGGAUACAUUCAAAAUAUGAUAAAUGAUGAUAGUGACUGGACAUUACCUAAGGAAGCAUUCCCUUUAAGACAUGAAAUAAAAGAUCGAUCUCCGCCACCAGAACAGUUUCCUAAUCAUUCUCCAGAAAUCAAUGAUGAUUCUGUUUCUGUAAUGGUUGAUGAUCAGCCAUGUCAACUAAUAGUAACAGCUAUACCGAAACCAUCAUUCUGGGAUCCUACACAUUUGAUUGAAGAAGCGCUAAAACAUCAUGCAGCACUUAGGGAUAUUCAAACUUCUGCAUCUGUUCUUAUUGCUUUGGGUGAAAAAAGAAAAGGUUUAAAUAUUGACAUACCAAUUCAGGAACAUUGGCUAUUAGAAUAUAUAGACUUAUUGGGAAGAUUUAAACUUUGGAAUGUGACUACACAGAUAAUACAGUCAGCAUGGAUUCCAUCUAUUGCACAACUAAAUCAACAAUCAACAACUAUACAUGCAUGCUGUUUAACAUGUACUAAACCUUUACAAAGAGCAGCGUGGUUGUGUGACCGUUGUCAUUCAUCCAAACAUGCCCUUUGUUCUAUUUGCCAUCAGGUUGUUCGAGGAUUGUAUGCAUGGUGUCAAGGUUGCACACAUGGAGGACAUGUGAUGCAUUUAAAAGAAUGGUUUCGUAGUAAUCGUCAAUGUCCUACUGGUUGCGGUCACGUUUGUGAAUAUAUUUAAAUAUAUCACAAACCUGAGAGAGGGAAAUAAAGAAGCAUAUAGCUCAUGGAGGUAGUUCCUCCUUAGGACUCACCAAUUGCUUUGUAGACGGGAUCAUGACAUUAUCUUCCAACUUCAUGUGUUGUUCAAUCUGUCGUUGAUGUUGCAAGGUACAUUAAAAUCAAAUUUCUUUAUGUAAGUUUAAUGAUAUUUUAACAAUGUUUUUUUUUAUAAAAAUGAGAUGCGUUAUUUGAAAAAUUCUAUAAUUUGCGUAUUCUUUCAAAUCUAAACAUUUUUUUAUAAGAAAAGUUAAUAGAGAUAGUUAAUUUGUAUUCGGUACAAUAAAUCUCGUAUAA